UGAUGAAGAUGAUGUUGAUAAUAAAUUUGCUUUAUAUGACUUGGUGAAAUUAGCUCUUUCUAAUCUAAAUCCAAAAGUUUUGAACAGAAGUUUUAGUCAUUCAAAGGAUGGUAGGAAGGUACUUGAAAGAGCUUGGCAAGUAGAGAUGUAUCAUAGUUUGUAUGUAUGUCUGUCAGAAGAUGCAUGUGUAUUGCCAGAAAUCAGGAAGAUUUUUAGUGAUGAUGUUAUAAUUGAUUUUUACAUCCAAGAGUAUCAAUGGGGGAUAGAACUAUUAAUUGAUGGCAUUGGAAUGAAAGAGCAUUAUGAGAGAUUUCAGACUG